AUGUGGAUGCUGGUCACAGAGCUGUCAUCUUCGACCAAUUCCGUGGAGUAUAGGACAUUGUGGCAAGAGAUAAACACCACAACAUGUGAUGAUUACAUUUUAAUCAGUGAAACUGUGGAAAAAUGCAAUCAAGAACAUUUUGAUUUGACACUUCCCAAAACAACUCUGCCAGGUAUAAGGAAGAGAUCAGGAUCUUCAGAAUUACAAGUGUCAGUUCCUAGGCAAGAAAAAGUGAAAGUUGAUAAAGGUCAGAAACCAACUACUAUAUGGAUAAAUCAAUGUUUCAGAGAACUUUUCCUACGGCCACCCUUUUCCCUAACUUUCAUUACACAGGAUCCAUUCAAAUAUCUUUAUAAUCCUCGAAACCAUUAUAUAAUGUCAACAAUUAGAAAGACCAAAGAUGAUAAAAGAACAACCUUGAAGAAAACUUUCAAGGUAAAUAUAAGCUCAUGUGCAAUAAAUCUGGAAUGCAAGACAAUAACAACUAAAGGUAAACCUGAAAUAAUCAACACAGAAACAAAUCCAUCAAAAUCAUCACAUGAAAGUGAACUAUUUGGAAACUUAAAUGCCACAUUAGAAUCCAAUCUAGAAUCCAACAAUUCCAAGAUAACCAUGGAAAUAGAUUCAAGAAAUGACAAUGAAUAUUCAAUGAAUUUCAAGAAAACAAAUGAUGAAGCUGUAUUUUGGAAGGGCAAUCCAAAUGCAAAGUCCAAGAAGAGCUCUGAGAAAUUUUCUGAUGACAAAUCAAAGUGCAUAAGUCGCUCAUAUAUGAACUUAAUGUUUCUCAAUGAGUUAAGAGCUGAAUCCAAAGAUUUUGAUGAAUGGGCAACAAAUUGCUCACAGAACAAUGCUAAGAAGCCUGCAAAGAAGGGUGGAAAGAAGGAAAAGGACUCUGAUCCUGAUUCUGGAGACUCAAAAGAUGCAAGGAAAGAAGGAAAGAAAAAGAGAGAAUCUAGGAAAAAGAUGGAUACAGAGUCUACAGAUGCUGAAUCUGGUGACUCCAAGGAUGCAAAGAAAGAAUCAAAAAGAGAUAAAAAAGAAAAAAGGGAAGUCAGAAAAAAGAAGGACACAGAAUCUACUGGUACUGAAUCUGGUGACUCCAAGGAUUCAAAGAAAGAAAAGAAUAUGGACAAAAAAGGUUCAGAUUCUACUGAUGCUGAAUCUAUAGACUCAAGGGGUGCAAAAAAAGAAAAGAGACGUUCAAAGAAAGAUGAUAAGAAGGAUGCAUUCUAUACUGAUUCUGAAUCAGACGUAGAGUCAAAGAAGGGCAAGAAAGAUGAAAAGAAGGAAACUAAAGGGAACAAGAGGAAGCCUAUUAAAGAUACAAAGUCUACUGAUGCUGAUUCUGAAUCUGAAGGUGAUCUAUCAGUAAAGAAAGGUGAAAAGAAAGAUAAGAAAACUAUAAAGAAAGGAGAAAAGAAGGAUGCAAAGAAUAAAGUAGAGUCUACUGCAAGUGAGUCUGAAUUUGAAGUUAAGAAGGAAAAGAAAGAGGCCAUGAAAGAUUCGAUGAAGGACAUAGGUAGUUAUUCUGAUUCAGCAUCUGAUGUAUCUUCCAAGACAGGCAUACAGAGAGAUGUAAGGCCUUCAGAUACUGAAUCUGAAGGGUCAUCGGAGUUUAAGGUUAUAAAGACCACUGAUGAUUCAGAUGUCACAUCCAACGACUCAAAGAAGGGAACAUCAGAACUAAGAAGAGGAUUCAGAGCAUCAUCCAAAAAGACUACUUUCAGAGAAAAGGGGAAAAGAAGUGUGGGUGGUAGAAUCCCUACAUCAAGAGAAAGACUACCACUCCCUCCUUGUGAGCCUUUACGAGCAUCACUUAAGCCAAAACACGUCUGUCAGUGCAAGGUGCCUCCUCCACCUCCAAAGGAAAGAUAUGCUCCUUUGCCUGGAGUGGAAUGGAUUCAUAAGAUACUCUGAAGAAUAGGUGAGCCAUAGGACUUGCAGACUGGCCUUGUGGAAGCAAACUACUUUCAGAGGCACCUUUCUGCUUCAAUGGAACUGUAGUAAAUAAAAGUAAGCAUCAGCAGCAUCCAAA